AUGUGGGAAACAUUCCCGAUUAUUGCGCAACUGAAAACCCUGGUUCAGGCUAUAACUGGUGACGUUGCCGGUGCCAGGAAGACUAAUGAAGAAUUCAUUGAUGCUUGGACGAACCAUCUCGGACAAACGGCUUCGGAUUUGGCGGAUGGUGUUCCAGUCAUUGGACAUGUAAAAGGAAUUGUACACUUUAUUAUGGGGGAUGUCGAAGCUGCAAUUCAUUCAGAAGAAGCAGCAUCUCGCACACUUGUCGUCCUCAGUGCUGCAGCCCUUACGGCUGGCACCGGGGGUCUCGCUGCACCUGUACUAGCAGGUGUUGUAGGAGGGCUUGCGGCCGAUACUGUUGUCACAGACAAUGUCAUUUCGAAACUGAACCAAAGCCACUACGAACAGCUUGGUGGUGACCUAUUUGAUGGCAUCGUACUCGGUGCUAUGGAUCGAUAUGUUGGUAGAAAGAGCGUGGCAAAGUCCCAAACUACAAGGAUAUAUCGAGUUGAGGGCAAGAGCAUGAUAAGGAUGAACAAUGGCGAAUCACUCAAGGACUUCUUUGCCGGCGAUAAUCAACGCGUUUUCGAGUAUAAAGGACAAGUUGUCACGCGAGAGAAACUUCCAGGCCUAGAGCACCCCGAGUCAUUAUCAAGCUCGGUUGAAAAUCCGCCCCCAUCGAUAGCCAAGCCAAAGAAGCGGGUUGGUAAACUACGGUCGGUUGUCAGCAUUCCUCGCAAGGAAACUACAAACGCUUUCAUCUCCAUCUUCGACCCUAACGCGUUUAAAAGUCACGGGCGUAUGAUCUUUCUUAACUUUGGAAAUGCUAAACGAAUGUACGGAUACUAUGCGCAAAAGCUUAUCGACCACCGGAAGUUUGUUGCACAAUAUCGAAAGAAGUAUGCUCAAAGCGUCGAUGGUUCUACCAGCAAAGUAACGCCAAGCAGCCAUCAGCUUAGGGUCAAGUCAUUCGAGGUUAUGACACGCGACCUCUCUGCCAUUGAAGUAGAGGCCAUUUCGGAGUACAAUAAGCAUCUUGACCCUCAAAGCUACAAAGGAGUUUUAGUCGUGGAUGCACACGCGAGUAGGCAGUACGGGUUAGAAAACUGGCGCUACACGCCUAUUUUUGAAAAGAUGAUACCGAAUACGUUUCGCAAGGAGACGCCUUGGAUUGCGCACUUGCCGACACCGGUACUCAAGCUGAUCCGAGAUAACAUUCUUGCUGGUGGAAAAAUCCGAACUUUCAAGUACGUGAACGGAAAAGGGAUAACGGGUGGUUCCGAAAACGUGGAUGGCAGCAGAGGUCGACGACUGUCAGCUAUGGAGCUUCAUGCAAUCACGGGAGAGGAAAUCUCUACCGAGGAUGUCAUCCCAGACCUACCUCUGCUACACUGUCGACAUGUUAAAAGAAUCGUGCAAUCGAUGGACGACAACGCCACAGACUGGACCGACCACUACGAGUACCUGGUCAAAUUCGACGAGGCGCCGCCGGAGUGGGUUCCAGCUGACUUUAUAUCCAUCGAGCUUCGGCGAAAUUUCUUCCUCCGCGCCAUGAAAACCGCGAAACCGGUUGGUGAGUUUAUGAAGGCCGCGGCGCCUGGUUUUGUGGCCGUCAAGCGGCCGGAUGGAGAGGUUUCCGUCAUCGAGGAGUCCUCUCUGUUUUGGCGCGAGGAGGAAGUUGGCACGCAUGGCCUCGACCCGCGCGAAGUUGAUUCGAUCCUGUACCACCUGCAGACGGACGAUCACAGGCCACCCGCUUGA